AGGUUAUACUGCACAGAAAAGCUCUAAGUGAUAGAGAUAAAUGAAAAGUAUUAUUAACAAACCUAUAAAGUUUUUUUGUUGUCAGAAAACAAGCUUUUUGUUAUAUUUGUUAAUAAUGUUUGUGCUCUAUAAAUCGUACUAUACUAUUUAGUUGACAGCCAUGUUAAAAUUGUCAGUAUUUUAAAAUCUCUUGAAAAAGUGCACGAGGAAUUUUUUUAGUCCAUUCAAUUUAGUUAGAACUUCGUUAAUAGUAACCUACAAGAGGUUCACAGUGGUUUUUGUUCUUGUUAGUAAAUUUUGUAGUGCAUACUAACUUAAAAAUGAAUACUGCUAACCAAAACUUUAAGCCGUCCGAAGGUAAGCGGGAAGAAUUCCGCAAAUAUCUAGAAAAAAAUGGGGUUAUGGAUGCCCUUACAAAAGUAUUAGUAAAUUUGUAUGAAGAGGUUGAUAAACCAGAAGAUGCUUUGGGGUUUAUUAGAGACAAACUGGCUUUGCAAGCCGGUUUGGAGACCUACGAUCAAAUGACCGAGAAACAACAAGCUCAAGAGACCAAAAUCCAAGAACUCGAGGAGCAAGUGGCGCAAUUGGCCGGCCCGCCACCGGAAGAGGAAGUUCCCGAAGUGGUGGAAGAAGGCCAACCCCCACCACCCGAAGGGGAGGAGGUUGCUCCUGCUCCCGUUGAAGCUGCCCCGGAAGGGGAAGCCGCCGCCCCUCCCGCUCCGGAAGCGGAGGCUCCCCCGCCAACCGAAGCCCCCCCGCCGGCCGAAGCCCCCCCGCCAACUGAGGAAGCCCCUGCUGAACCGGCCGCGGCCCCUGAGGCCCCUCCAGAGGCGCCACCGGCGUAAAGCAAAUCGCGACUUCGCCCCACGUUUUUGUUACUUAUUAUUAAAGAGUUAUGUUUGUUUUUCGCCUUAUAUAUUUUUUCGAAAGAAAUUUUAGUUUUUAGAAUUUUAUUUUAGUUUUUCGACUUAAGUUUUUAUACAUGUUGACUGUUAGCUAUAACGAUGCUUCGAGACAUUCCUACUUGUAUUUCCUACUCAAAUUUAAUAGUACAAGACCAAGGACCCCUGUGGAAACUUUGGUAAAAUACAUUUUUACAUGUUUUGCAGUAUUGUGAAUCAGAACAAAGUAAAAAUUUGUGAGUAUUACCAUUUAAUAAUAAUAAUUUUUAAGUGUUUAA